AUGUUCACAUAUCGCCGGGCGAGAAAACGGACAAUCGUCUACUGGAGCGACGGACUCCGCGGGAUCCGGAUGAUGAACGGAAGGCUGGCCGGACAGAACACUAGACAUGCACAUGGUAAAAUCGGCAUGGGUUGUGGUGGUGGUGAUGUUGGCGGUGGUGGUGGUGGUGAUGGUGGUGGUGGUGAUGGCUUGACGCCGGGCAGUCACGGGGGCAGCUUUGGAGUCACCGAGAAGCAGGAAGCGACGCCGGUUCACACCAAGUCGGCGGGCGGCGGAAGUGGCUGCGGCGGUAGUACUAGUAAUGGUGAGUGA